GGUGACCUUCGAGGGGUCCAUGUUGAUGCCUUCAGCAGAGACGAUGUGGCCAAGGUAUUCAACGCUUGAAGCGCCAAAGGUGGAUUUGCUAAGCUUGGUGUAUAAUUUUUGCUCUCUGAGGAUAGAGAGGACCUGGCGGAGAUGCUGAAGGUGGGACUCGAAGGUGGGGCUAUAGACGAGGAUGUCAUCGAGGUAGACGACAACACAGACUUCGAGGAGGUUGCGGAAGAUGUGAUUCAUGGUGGACUGAAAUGUGGCAGGGGCAUUGGUGGAGGUGAUGAGGGUGGCCCACUCGAGGAAGGUGUGAGGUCGGAGAUUGGCGUGAUGGCGGUUGGUCAUUUCGGUGUACCACCAGCGAGCGGCACUGUCGAGGAGUCUGCUGCCGGCGAUGGGGAGCCAUUGGACGACAAGGAUGUUGUGGAGGGAGAAGUGGGGUUUGUCGGCUGCGUGACUAUGGUGGGGGUAGUGGUAGAUGUGGGCGGGGGUGUGGAUGACGUUCUGGCGGAGAGGACGGUGGAUGUGGACGGGAAGGGAAGUGGUGCAGAUGUAGUUUGGGGGGAGGUUGUUGUGACGACCGUGAUGGCGGGGCUGUUUCCUUCGAUUGCAACGACGCGGUUGGAGAUGGUAGAGAUGGAGGUCUUUAUGUCGGUGAUGGAGGUGUUUACGAGGGAGAUGGAUGAUUGGAGGGAUUGCAUGAUCUGGAGUAGGGCCGCCAAGUCGGGUGCGGCGGGGGUUGCGGCUGGCGGGUUCUCAGCAGGUCCUAGUGUCCAGGUUCUUGUACAGUCAGUGUAUUCCCAACCUCCGUUGCAGGUUGCCGUAACUGGGCAGCCUACUGUCUCGCAGCCUGCACAGCCGCAGGGUACACAACCCCAACAGCAGCCAGUGCAACAGCCUGCACCACAGGGUCCACAGCCCGGUGUGGCGCAGGUACCGGGACAGAGUCAGUGGGUUCCAAAGACGGUCAUCGCCGCUCCGAAACCCUUUACAGGGGAUAAGAGGGGCGAACACCUCGACAUGUGGUUGAGGGCAGUGCCGGUCUAUGUGAAGUGUACACUUACCUUGCCACACGAGGAAGUGCUUGUGGCUGCAUCCUACCUAGAGGGUAGUGCAGCAAGAUGGUUGAGUGGUUUAGUGCAGUUGCAGGGAUAUGUUCAUGAUUUCCGUGCUUGGGCAGCCCACCAGAAACUGGAGGACUUUCUCAAGAUGGUGGAAGAUAGGUGGCAUGAUCCUCAGGAGGCCCAAAAGGCCACUGAUGUGAUCCUGACGCUGCAUACAAGGCAGUUUAAGUCAGGAAGGGAGGCCACUGAUGCAGUAGAGCGUCUGAUCUGUGUCCCUGGGGUGCGCUACGACCCCCAGGUAUUACUCACCUCCUACCCGAGAUGCUUUCCAAUUCCUCUCAGGAAUCAGUUGGCAGGUGAGGCCAACAUCAACAUGCACCACUUCCCAUCGUUCAGUAAGAAGGCCCUAGACCUUGAAGCGAUAGGGCAUGGUCAGACACCCACGACAGAUGGUAGGAAAAAGUCACUGCCUCCCAACUGGAAGGCGAAGGGCCGCAUUAUGUUCGUCGACAACGAUGGUUCAACCAUUGAGUUGGACAACGAGUUCCAGGCGGGAGUAGGUUCAGAGGCUGGCAGCCUAGAGGCUUCAGGGGGUGGAGUAGUCGUUGUCGUAGCACAAAAAGGGGUUGUUGAGAGGGAGGUCGUCCACACGAUAGAGAUUAUCCUAGGGUCUAGCAUCCCGAACGGUAGGAUCUAUCAGACGUCUCCAGUUGAGCUUGAUGAGCUUCGUCGGCAACUCAAGGAACUCGUAGAGAAGGGUUGGAUCCGACUGAGUGUUUCUCCUUAUGGAUCUCCAGUCCUAUUCGUACCGAAGAAGGAAGGAACACUGAGGAUGUGCAUUGACUAUAGGGGCCUCAAUGCCAUCACUGUCAAGAACCGAGAGCCCCUACCGCGCAUCGGCGAUUUGCUAGAUAGAGUGCAAGGGUGUCGGUACUUGAGUAAGAUAGAUCUGAAGUCCGGGUACCAUCAGAUUGCAAUCCGGCCCGAGGAUCAACACAAAACCACAUUUCAGACCAGGUACGGUCUGUACGAGUUUGUGGUGAUGCCUUUCGGCCUUUGUAAUGCUCCUGGCACCUUUCAGCACACUAUGAAUCAGAUAUUUCAUGAUUACUUGGAUAAGUUUGUCAUCGUGUACCUCGAUGACAUACUUAUUCAUGAUUACUUGGAUAAGUUUGUCAUCGUGUACCUCGAUGACAUACUUAUUUUUAGUAGGACUGUCGAGGAGCACGUUGUGCACUUGGACAAAGUCCUUAGCCUUCUUCGACAACACAAGUUCAAGAUCAACGGUGAGRAGUGCGAGUUUGGCCGCACCCGUGUUUUGUACUUGGGUCAUGAGAUCUCCGUGGAGGGAUUGAAGCCCAAUGACGCGAAGGUGGCCAGCAUUCGUGACUGGCCGCGUCCUCGGUCUGUGAUUGAGAUGAGGUCCUUCUUAGGGAUGACAGGCUACUACUGCAAUUUUGUUCAGAAUUACAGCAUAGUGGCCGCCCCUUUGCCGGAUCUGACUCGCCUUGACACCCCAUGGGAGUGGACAGACAGGUGUGAGGCUGCUUUCAAACAACUGAAGCAUGCGUUGACACACCAUGAGGUCUUGAAACUUUCUGAUCUUGACAAACCUUGCGUAGUAACUACGGAUGCUAGCCAAUAUGGCAUAGGUGCCGUACUUGCGCAGCAGGAGGGGAAGAAGUUGAGGUUGGUAGAGUACAUGUCCAAAACGAUGCCCUCUCAGAAGUUGGCUAAGUCCACCUAUGGGAAGGAACUCUAUGCGAUCUACAAGGCGCUCACCCAUUGGAGACACUAUCUCCAUGGAAGUGCAGUGGCAGACUGCAGCCCAACUUUGGCCGCCCAAGCCAAGCAACUCGAGGAGAGGAUCAACCACGUGGUAGCAUCCCUUGGCGACAUCAGCAAGUUUGCUGGAGCAUCGAUAGUCAGCAAUCAGCUGCAGAUGCUCAGCGACCGCGUUCAACAACGACCGACCGCCGUCGCCAAGGAAUGGAAGAUGUCGAAUUUCAAGAUUGAGAAGUUCGACGAUUACCACAAGACUGGUCCUCUGCAAUGGUGGAUGACAUUCAACGUGGAGGCAGAUGUACAUCACACCCCACCACUACGGCGGCUUGACGCACUCUACCUCCAACUCAUCGGAGGGGCACAAGCUUUCAUGACGCACAUGGUCGCCACGUUGGAAUGCACCAUCGCCACCCUCCACACCAAGAUCACGUGGGAGGAGUUCGAGAAGAAGUGGAAGACCCGGUUCAUGGUCAACAACGACAAACGUCACGCCUUGAACAAGAUCUUCCGCAUAUUCCAAGGCCAGCAAACAUCACGGGAAUGGCUGACGGAGUGGCAAAGACUCGUUGCUACCCCGGAGUUGAACCUGCCGUUCGACUCAAUCCGGGCCGAGUUCUUCGCCCAGUCAUGCCACACCUUGACAGCUGCUCUUGGCAGCGAAUUACAGUAUCAGACCUUUGAUGAGAUGAUCUCAAAGGCAAGGGAACUCAUACAAGUACCACUUCCAUCGACGGAUGGCGGAGUAGCGGUUGUUGACCUUCGUAGCUAUCUUGUGAAGAUCGACCGCGAGCACGUAACGCAACGGUACGUCGACAUUGACACGCCGUUCCUCUACAUCCACAUUCAGAUCGGAAAGGCGAUCUGCAGUGCAUUGAUCGAUUGUGGAGCGUCUCGCAACGACUUCAGCCAGGACUUCAUGGCAUGCGCCGGGCUAGGCCCGCGCGUUCGAAGGAGAAGUCAGCCUACGCACGUCUUGUUGGCCAAUGGUCACACGCAAAAGUCAAUCGACCGUUGGGAGUUUUUCUACACCAAUGGAUAUGGGAAUGUUAACUUUGAUCGCAUGGUUGGCAACCCAAUCUGCAAACAGAUCCCAUGGCAUCAGAAUGAUGAACUAUUUGUGGCUUGGAGAGAUGCAAAGACGGGCUACCCUUGGAUAGAUGCAGUCAUGGUCCAGCUGCAAAAAUGGGGCUGGAUGCAUCACUUGGCGCGCCAUUGUGUGGCCUGCUUUCUCACUCGUGGCGAUCUGUUCUUGCACUGGGAGAAAGGCAGGGAUGUGUUUGAUCGGCUGCUCAUUGACUCGGACUGGUCGAUUAAUAAUGGGAACUGGCUUUGGCUUUCUGCAAGUGCCUUCUUCUCACAGUAUCAUCGCAUCUACUCUCCUAUUACGUUCCCGAAGAAAUAUGACCCAAGUGGAAAGUUUGUGAGGCACUUUCUUCCAGUGCUUAAAGACAUGCCCAGUCAAUAUAUUUAUGAGCCAUGGACAUCACCGAUUGAUGUCCAGAAGAAAGCAAAAUGCAUCAUUGGAAAGGACUAUCCGCGACCAGUGGUGGAUCAUGCAGAGGCCAGCAAAUUAUGUCGACAGCGCAUGGCUGCAGCUUAUCAGGCAAACAGGGAUGUAACCGAUCCAGGGGUGAGCGGUAAUAGAUUGCCGAAGCCGUCCUCCAAUGCGCGAAAAGCUUCGUCAUCCACAGCAACGAAGCGCAAACGAGAGUGAAGCGCAAGUGGAACUGAAGAGGCAAGCUGACGGACCCAGCGUCUAUUUUGGGAACCGAGGGAUUGAGUUCAUGAUACUAGUGGUGGAUCAUGCAGAGGCCAGCAAAGUCUGUCAACAGAGCAUGACAGCAGCUUAUCAGGCAAGCAAACAGGGAUGUAAGCAGAAGCCAUCCUCCAAUGCGCGAAAAGCUUCAUCAUCCACAGCAACGAAGCGCAAACGAGAGUGAAGCGCAAGUUUUCCUGAAAAGGCAAGCUGACGGACCCGGGGCCUAUUUUCCGAACCGAAGGAUCGAGUGGAAAUGAUGCAGAAUGCCGCAGGGUAUCAUCAUGAUCCCCGGUGCACCCCUACGCCGGGGACCGGUUAGGCAAUACAUCGGGAUGAUCAAAUGGUCAGGUGGUGACGGGCCUGUCAUAUGCCUAGUUGCCAACCUCUACAACAACCUGGACUUUUAUGGGGGAAAAAAAAAAAAAAAAAAAAAAAAAAAAAGAGGGCAAGGAUAAGUUUGUAAACUGUAAUGGUGCAGGGAAAGCUGCAAUCAAGCGCUUUCAAACAU